UCAGAUGAGGGUAUUGUGUGGGGCGGGUGAGUGAUUUUCUUCUGCUUCGGAAUUCUUCUUCUUCUUCUUCUUUUUCUGCGAUCGAAACAGCGAUUUAGGAAUGGCGGAUUCUGCGAUUGAAGUUCUCACUCGAGCUCUCUCAGGGCAUGGAAUAAAUGAGAAGGUGAUGAUAGAGACAUUGGGGAAGUGGGAUCACGAGGAAAAGAAACUAUUUAGAAAGAGGAGUAGCCAUUAUUUCAGUGAAGAUGAACGCUCGUUUGAACGAUGGGAGGAACAUGGCAUGCGGCUUCUCAAACAUGAAUUCAUGCGCUUUAAGAAUGCUGUAGUACUAUGGACGACACAUCCAUGGGAAAGAGAUGCUCGUCUGGUAAAGGAAGCACUGAGCAAAGGACACCAUCAUCAAAAUAUAAACAUCCUGAUAGAAGUGGCCUGCACCAGAACAUCAGAUGAGCUCUUGGGAGCAAGAAAGGCCUACCACUCCCUCUUUGAUCAUUCUAUUGAAGAAGAUGUUGCCAGCCACAUCCACGGCCCUGAACGCAAGCUUUUGGUUGCAUUAAUGAGUGCAUAUAGAUACGAAGGGCCAAAGUUCAAGGAUGAGACAGCAAAAUCAGAAGCAAAGAAAGUUGCUCAGGCAAUUAAGGAAGCAGCCAGCAGGAAGAGCAGCCUCAUAGAAGAAGACGACAUUGUGAGAAUACUCUCAACAAGAAGCAAACACCAUUUCCAUGCCCUCUACAAACACUACAAGGAAAUCACAGCAGGCAAACUCAUCGAUGAGGAUCUUCGUGAGGAUUUGAGGCUUCAAGAGACGGUGUUGUGCUUAGCUGAUCCUGUAAAAUAUUUCACUCAGAUUCUGGAUGUGUCACUGAAAGUUGACGCAGACAAAAAGAUAAAAAAGGUAUUGACUAGAAUCGUCGUGACAAGGGCCGAUAAAGACAUGAAGGAAAUAAAAGUUGAGUACAAAAAUCGGUUCGGAAUUUCAUUGGCUGAAAAAAUUGGGGCUGUUUGCCAUGGCAGCUACAAGGAUUUCUUGCUCACUUUGCUGGCAAGAUCGGAUUGAUUAUAACAGAGCAUUUUGGAAAUAGCAGUUUCUUCACUUGGAAGAUCGAAAUUUGUUGUGUUUAAUUUAUGUAUGAGUUUGGCUGUUUCUUUUGUUUCUUGGUUCUCUAUGAUUAUGGGGCUGUGUUCUUCUCUUAUGCCAUAAUAAAGCCAAAUAUUGUGAAAAUUAUUUGCCA